AUGCCCCGCAAACGCGUGAAUCCUCAAGAGCCACCACGAAAACGCAACAGAACUGGUUGCAACAAAUGUCGCGCUCGCAAAGUUCGUUGUGACGAGCAGAAACCCGUCUGCGGCCAAUGUCGUGCCAAAGGUUUUGAUUGCGAGACUAGCAUCAAGCUCAAGUGGGAGCAAGACUAUGCCAGUGCUGGACGAGCAUUUGGUAGAGCUGGCUUGUGGAGCAAGAAGGCUGCCGAGAAAGCAGAUGCUUCUUCACCUUGUAUCCAUGUCACAGAGGAUGAAGUAUCAUGGAUUCAAAUUCCUCUGAUUACUUCGUACAGCUUCGUCAAUGCUACGGUAGGAAACGUCGAACAGCUUACCACUUUGGAAAAUCUUGCAUUGGAAGCUACGCCAGUCUUGGAUGUCGUUCGAACCCAGGAUAGGGACGACACCUUGAGUACUGCUUCAUUGUCACCAUGGCUCUCUGCAAGACAGCCUGCCUUUCUACCUCGUCAGCACUCUAUACCUUCUGCCUUGCCGAUGCUGCCUGAUCUCCCUAGCCCGAUGCACUCAAAUUUACUUUCUUAUUACCUGGAAAGAAUAUGCCCAAUCACCGUUCCGAGUUCUGUCAACAAAUCACCAUUUGCCAAUCUCAUUCUUCCAUUUUCCAUCACGUCUUCUCCUGCUGUCUUGGACGCUCUGCUUGCUCUCGCGGCCUGCCAUAGAUCAAAGAAGGACAUCGCUUUUCGUUCAACCUCACUGAGACUGGGAGACAAUGUUCUUCGCACGUUGCGUGGAAGACUUGGUACUGAAGACCCCUUGAAAGUUGCCAUGGAUCCUGAAACACUGGUCAUCAUGAUGAUCCUAUGUCAGUACGAGAUCAUUAACGAGUGCGACAAACGCUGGGUCGUCCACUUGAAAGGAGCUCGAGAUUUGAUCCGAGUCAGAAGAAAUGCUCAACUCUAUCUAAAAGCCGGACAAUCGUCCAAUGAGCUUGUCGAAUUCUCUGAGAAGUAUUUCGCUUUUCAGGAUGUCAUUGGACGAACGGCAUGUGGCGAGGAGCCAAUUUUCGGCAGUGACUUUUGGACAUCACACGGCGAAGAAACUGAUGCCUGGCUUGGCUGCUCUGCUGGCCUUGUUUCCAUCUUGUGCCAGAUCACUGAGUUGAGUCGCCAACAUCGAUCAAAGCCAGGCAUAUGUCUUCUACCUGACUUCCAGUACCAGGCAGCAUCGUUAGAGCGCCGACUCUGUAGCCUAAGGCAGAGGGUGUUCGGCGAAGAAGAUGAUCUACUACAGUUAUCUGCUGAACUGAAGAGACUGGCAGCUGAGCUUUAUCUGCAUUGUGCUCUCAAUGGUGCAACUCCAGCGAUGCCUCUUGUUGUUGGACAUGUACAACAAAUCCUCCGUCUUGUCUCAGUCCUCCUCGAGCAUGGUGUACUUGCUGGUUUGAGCUGGCCUCUUUUUGUCGCCGCUGUCGAGCUCGAUCCUAUGGAAGACCUCGAGUGGGCUGAAAGGCAAGAUCUACCUGACGAGGUGCCAAACUACGCUAGACCUUUUGUUCUGUAUGCUUUGGAUCGCUUAGGCGGAUCUAAUGCCAUUGCCAACAUAGCCAAGACGAGAUCUGUCAUCGAAAGAGUAUGGCUAAUCAGGAGCCAUGAUGAGAUCUCUGACGUGCAAGCGGAAGGACUUGAAAAGGGUCAGAAUGACUGGGAACGCUACAUUGCUCCGCUGUGUGGUGGCUUGAGCCUUGCUUGA